AUGUCUCAAUAUAUUGGUAAAACUAUUUCGUUGAUCUCUAACAAGGGUCUUCGUUAUGUUGGUUUGUUAGAUAAUAUCAAUGGGAACGAUGCUACCGUGGCAUUGAAAUCGGUUAGAUCAUUUGGUACUGAAGGUAGAAUGGCUCAAAGUGGGAAUCCAAACAUGGAAGUCUUACCAGGUAACGAUGUUUAUGAUUAUGUUGUAUUUAGGGGCUCUGAUGUCAAGGAUUUGUCGGUGUUGGAUAUUCCAAUAGAUCAAGCAAAACCUGAACCUUAUAUUCCUCAAGCAGUUCCAGGAGCAGGAGCUCCUGCUCCUGGUCCAGCACCAACCCAAAGCCAACAAGGUUAUUAUGCACCACCACCUCAACCAACAGGUGUACCAGCAGCAGCACCAGUACAAGCACAUGCGCCAACUUCAGCAGCAGCAGCACCAGUGGCAGCAUCCACCUCACCUCCACAACAACCAAAACCAACCCAAACUCAGCCAGUUGAAGCUAGUACUACUUCUCAAGACCAGCCAGCCCAAGCACAACCACAAGCCCAACCGGAACCAGUCGCUACCGAAGAACCUGCUUCAGAACCACCUCAAUCCCAACCUCAAGCCAAACCAUCUACUAGAAGAACUUCUACUGGUAUCGAAAUCCCCGAUGGUGAGUUUGACUUUGAGUCUGCCAACGCUAGAUUCUCUAAAGACUUAGAGUCUGAAAAAGAAGACUCAGAAAAUGCCGGUUAUAACAAAUCUUCAUCUUUCUUCGAUAACAUUUCAUCUUCUACCGAUAAUAGAAAUACCAUGAGAUGGAACGAAGAGAAAACCCUUAAUAUGGAUACUUUUGGUGAAGCUUACAUUAAUGACGAUAGAAGUAGAGGCAGAGGUAGAGGUAGAGGCCGUGGUGGUUACAGAGGCAGAGGCAACGGUAAUUGGAGAGGAAGAGGAAGAGGCAGAGGCAGAGGCAGAGGUAAUUUCCAAAAUAGCGACUAUAAUAACAAACCUGAAUGGGCCUAAACUAUUGAUUUCCAUGUCUAUGUUAUGAAGGAUCAUCUUUCACUUCCCAUUUUAUUUAUAAUUUCCCCACUAGUUCUUAAGUGUGUGUUUUCUGUUUUUUAUAUAUAUAUUGUCUAUUUCUCUACUGUUGUCUUUUUACUAAAUCACUCCACUCAAAGUUUUCAUUCCUAGGUCUUAGAGUUCUUUUCUU